GCAGUAAGAUUGUCUAGAUUAUGCACAUUUCCUUGCGCAAUAAAUAUUUCUGAAUUGUACAAACGACAAAAAUAAACCGACAUAAGCGAUUAACCGUUGAUAAGAAUGCUUUUCAGUUGGAAUUCUUUGCGGAUGAAGUUGAGUCUCAAAAUGUAAUUCUCUGAAGAGUUUCAAAAAUGUUCACGGAGGAAUAUAAUGUAUUUGCUCAUGAAAAUUAGAUUCUGAGGAAUGUUUAAGGUUCUUAAAUGAAAUGCACGUAAUUAACAGUUAUUUGUAGUUACCUAUUUACAAAUACUUUACAUGAUAAUGCUUUAAAGCAAAAUAUAUCUGAGACACAGAAUAUCUUCACGGAAUAAAUAUAAAGACAAACAUAAAGUUGACGAUGUUCGUUGGAAAUAGAGGAUCAAUUCGACAGUUGAUAUUUACGUUGUUGAUUGUCUUAGUGACGGGACGGGCGAUGGUAUCAAAUGACUACGUUGAGGGUCAAAUACAAAAUGACGGUUUUGUGAAAAGGACUGUAGACAAUUCUGCUUACAACAAUGGACCAACAGUCAUCAGCUUUGCCAGACACGGUCUGUGCAAUCACCGAUUUGGCAAGGUCAGAUUCUUCAUGGCGCUCCAGAAGCAUUUCCACAUGAUAUCAGAUGAUAUGAAAAUCGCUUUCAUCCUAGAUAUUUGUAAACGAAGGGAUCAUAUGCUAACAAUGUGGGUUGAAGAAAUUUUCGACAACGAUGGUGACGGAUUCAUAACCAGAUUUGAAAGGCAGAUCAACCGGUGAACCAGAUAUGGCAGGGUAUGACACGAGGCAGGAUAAACAUACCACCAACCUGAGAGGAAAUGUGAUGGAGUGAUAGUGUGUUACAAAUACUGCAUUUUGGUCUAGGAUAAAUAACUGCCAACUAAUGGGUCUCAUUCUGACAUGAACGAAGUCAGCCGUCAGACAUUUAUAUAAUAUGCGACCAAGAUGUCUACUCAAAAUUUAAGUUCCUGCCAAACUGUUCGUAUAAAUUGAAAGGCUAUGCAAACAAUAUGUUGUAUACAACAGGAACUGCUACACCCUGGAUACCAUUUCGAUAAAGCUUUGUGCAUUUUGUUUAUUUUUUCACAUUCUUGAUAUUCCGGUAUGUGUUGUGUUGAACAUUUUCCGUAUCGUUACCAUCUGCUUACAGUGAUCCCUUUGUGUAAUUUAUUCGGUUGGGAUAUAAUGUGUUCCACAUUUGGAGCCUCCUUGGCCACGCCCUUGUGCUUAUAAACUAAAACAAACUUUAUGUGGUUUGGUUUAAAAUCCCACUUUUUGGAAAUAUUCGCACAAUUGCCUUGUCUAUGAUCAUUAUAUUUGCAGAAAGAUAUACAUAUUUUUUGCAACAGUUUACUCAGAAUAUAUUUUCUUUUGUUAUAUCAUCAUAUAAUGACAUGAUCACAUUUAAUUUGUUUGUGGCAAUCUCCCACUCACAUGCUACAAUAAGCCAGCAUAAAUAUGCUUUUGUUUACAUUUAUGACAUACGAUUGACAUUAAACAUACUGAAUCGUA